AUGACAUUUGCAGGUCCAAUCAUAUGCCCUCUUUUGUGCUUGGCACACGUUGUAGCCCUGCGGCGACAAGAAAGUGGACAUUGGCAGGAGUAUUCAACUGUCCGAGAAUGUCUUUCACACCCUCCAGUGCUUGAUGAAUCAUUCCACCAUCUGCCUGGAAGCGUAUUCAUCAAGAGCGCCGAACUUGUUGUCACCAACCGCAUCCUCAUUCGACCUCGCUGGCCAUCGCUUCAACGGCCUGAGCAGACGGCCGAGGCAAGAGAGCAUGUAAAGCACAACCAUUCUCGCCUUCCUCACACCUUCAAUUCCUUGCAUGUUUGCCUCGGCAUGGGCUCCUCUACUCUCGGUUCAUACCAGGCCCUGUUGCUCUCGUGA